AUGUCUUCCCAGUCCAAAUCCCCCGCGGCCAACCCCAAUGUCAUCUCAGACUCAAAUUACACCGGCUCUGUUGUUCGCAAGGCGUUCCUAGCUGAAGCCCUCGCCAACCUGUUCACAAUCCCCCUUAUAACCAACACGCGCUUCACCCUCUCCCUCCUGCUGAACAACCCGUCCGACAUUAAUCCCUUCUACUUGUCGAAGAACGGGGGAAGGGAUGCCGCGUUGAGUAAGAAUGUAGCUAUGGGGAGUAUCGCGUGUCUUGUGCCCCCGUUGAUGUGGCGGUUGUAUGUUCUUUUGGUGAAGCCAGAGUUGCUGGGACGGUAUAAUGAGGAGAAGAGCGGCGCCGAUGGUACUAGUCGAGGAAAGUAUGGCACUAUCACUUCACAAGACUAG